AAAGAGAUAAUCUUAUCAAAGGUUAUGAACUUCGGUGACAUUCAAACUUUUUCGCGCUUUUAAGGAUGACAAACGAAUUAUGCUCUCAAAUGGUGUGUUUGUCAGUAGAAGUCGACCUAAGUUCCUUGGAAGAUGUCGGUGCUUAUGUGGAUACGGUUGAUUCCGGAUAUGAACGGAAAAUAGUUUUGUGUAUUUCCGGCUCAUUGGAUGUUUUGGGCCAUUGGAAUCCUGAGAAGUCUCUCCUCUGCCAACGCCAGAAAACGAAUUCUACCAAUGUCGAAACAUGGAAAUGUAACAUCCCACUUCAGGCUGUUUCCAAGUUUGAAUUCCGUUUUUUCGUUGGUGAACUGAUUGAUGCUAAUGAGGGGUGUUCUGAUUCACGGAAACUCAGAGUCUUAGUUUGGGAGUCAAGAUGGAAGCCAAGAGAGUUUUAUGUUAUAGACUACUUAAAUGCUACUGACAAGACAUCGAUGACUAAUCUAAAAUUCGGCAUUUUUGGUGAGUUAUGUUGAAAUUUUUACUGAUCCCUUCUGAAGAUGAUGGAAAGUAUAUUCAACGUGGUUGGUUAAUGUCGAAUUCAGAGAUUCACAUUCGCCUGUCGAGUUCGUCCUGCAAGUUCUUCAAAAGCAAUAUAUUCACACCUGACAGCAAAUUAUUUGUAUCAUGUUCCAGAUACAUCUUACAGCCCAACUGUAUGGAAGACGAAGAUCCUGAACCAGCCACAUUGGAUAAUACAGCAACCAAACCUGAAUUCUCACAGGACCAACAAACUCUGUCUAACGAAAACAAAUUACAAAAUGCUUGGCCAUCACGCUUUUCGCGUCGAUCUGCAGGCAAACCAUCAUAUUACAGUAUGGUUUGUCGUGCGCAUCCCGUUCUUAUGUCUACUUUGGAAAUGAGUCGUUGUCGCGUUCACAGAGGUGAACAGCCGGAUUGUUCUGGCACUCUCUAUAAAGUUGGGGAUGACGUAACCUUUUUUAUCGAAACAUGGGAUGUGGAAAAUACUUCUGUGGAAAUAGAGUUUUAUCAACAACCUAAUGAACCCGGAGUGAAUGCUACUAAAAAUAUCAGAGGGAGUCAGUUAAAGUUUAUUGGCUCUGCUCGUUUUGGUCCAUUUGUUGAUACCUAUGGACGGAAAGCCGCACAGCUUAUAAAUUCAUCACAUCGUCCUGUUGGGGAUCUUCGAGUACGAUAUCUUGUUAUCCAUCCAAUGGUUAAAUCACCUAACCUGAAUUUGAAAGUGACUUAUCAGCAUCACUGGAAAAAGCGUGGAGUAGUUAUGGAUAUUGGUCAUCGGGGUAUGGGUACAUCGUUCUUGGAACCAGAACAGAAACCAUUCAAAAAGACACCGUCAACUAAGGAGAAUACAUUGGAUUCGUUUCGAACAGCUGUUCAACAUGGUGCUGAUUUUGUUGAAAUGGAUGUUCAGUUGACCAAAGAUCAUCAAGUUGUUGUCUAUCAUGAUUUUGAUGCUGUAGUUAUAUCGAAAAAGAAAAGAGGUGGUCAACUAUCUUAUCUACGCAUUGCAAUUAAAGAUAUGAAUUAUGAAGAUCUACGUGAAUUGAAUGUUCGUCAUUCAAGUGUUCUAAAAGAAAGUCAUUCACAUGAAAAAAUGAAUGAAGAAGAUUUAGAUCCAGUCGACCUACAACCUUUUCCACUGCUUCGUUCAUGUUUCGAAGAAAUUGAUUCUGAUCUCGGCUUCGUUAUUGAAGUUAAAUAUCCAAUGGAGCUAAAAGAGGGUGGUUCAGAAAUGGAUCAUUUCUUUGAAUAUAACUUUUAUGUGGAUACUAUCCUACGUGAAAUUCUAACCUAUGCCGGCAGCAGACGUAUUCUGUUAUCAUGCUUUGAUCCGAAUGUAUCUGUGAUGCUUCAGUUGAAACAAAAUUUAUAUCCAGUCUUUCAACUUGGCAUAUCGCCAGAAUAUGCAGAUACACGACAUAGUGAUUUUGAGCAUUUAUUCUUCUCUGCGUUAAGUCAUCAACUCAUGGGUGUAUGCUUAGAAAGUGACAGACUGCUAAAUGUGCCUGACGUAAUAAAGCUGGCGCACUUGCACAAUCUAGUCGUGCUUGCCUGGGGUGAAGCUGUGAACAAUCCUGAGAAACGUGCACAAUUAAUACAGUUGGGCGUUGAUGGGAUUAUUUAUGACUGUUUACAUGAAAAUAAAGCUAAAGGUACUUUAAGUAUUUUUAAACGUGAACGAUGCAUUGAAACCUCAUCAUGCACACUAGAUGAAUAUGACAAUAAAGUAAGUGAUUCGUCAUCACAACAACAAACUCUUCCAAAUCAAUCAAGUUGUUAUACUGACAAGUCUACAUUAUUCACCAUAGCUAAACACGACGACAGUAAUAAUAUUAAUAAUGAAGGAGUUGAAUUACAUCAGAAGAUGGAUAUAUCAGCUGGAGUUGAUUAUUGUUAUUAUCCUAGUAAUUCAAUUAAUAAGCAUAAUAGUGAUGAUGGUGGAGCAAAGAAUCCUGAUAAUGAUGAUAAGGCAGUGCUACUACAGAAUACAAUAAAAUCAAUAUCUGGUAAUGGGAAACAGUUGACCAAUUCAGUUGUUAAUGUGAUUAAUUGUGAUAAUGAAAUUGGUGAGAAUACGUCAUCUUUAUCAUCAUCGUCGUCGUCGUCAACCGCAACAUUUGAAGGUCAACAACCACCGCCACCUCCAGAACAACAACAGCAACAGCAACAACAACCGAAACAACAAAAGGAACAACAUUCUAUGCCACUUAUAACAAUUGCUUAGAUUGAAUUCAAUGGAAUCAAUGCUAUUUUUGUUUGUUUGAGUGGAUUCCUGAAUAGAUCUUAGUUUUGUACAUAGAUAUAUCUUUGUGUGUGUGUGUGUGUUUACUUAUUCUGUUGCCUUUGUUAAACACAUUUGGCCGUUGAACAUUGACUUCUUAAUAAAUUCAUCGGUUAGCUCUGUGGAUUCAUCGCAAUCUGAUCACACACACAUACACACACACAGGUGUCUUGUUCACCUGCUCACUUGACUGAUUACAGAGUAAUCGGCAUAACUACUCCAUUUAAUAUACUUGAGCGAAUUACUAUUGAAUUACUAUUAUUUUAUCUCCGUCAUUUUUGUUCUGUUUCGUUGCACUAAAAUCUCCUUGUUGUUCCUCUUGACAUAUGUGCACCAAGUAAAUUUCUUAAUAAAUGAAUACUACUGGUGUGUAAUUCCGAGAAAUGUACUCACAUCUCGUGAAAAAUUGUUAUAUUCUGUUCUGUUCUGUUCUGCUUUUUCCUCCUAAUUUUAUCGAAAAGCGACAACAGUAACAAGAACAACAACAACAACAACCCAUUUCAAUUAAUAAUUACCCCAAAUAAUUUCUUACAUUUUCUUAAUCUUAAUCUCUCCAGUUUGCUAGUUCCCUUGUUCCGCUUUUCUCUGUACACCACUUUCGGUUGACUCUUUGAAUUCCAUGUCAUUUCACACACAAGUGUUAGUGUGUCUGUGUGUGUGUGUGGGUGGGUGCUUCUCCAAAUUCAUGCAUAGAACUUAAACCAUCAAACUGUCUUGAGCGUUAUAUACAUGCAUACAUCACUAUUUUUGGAAUCCAAGUUUAAACUUAUUUUAUCUGUUUGCAUACACAUUGAUAGUUGAAAGCAAAGGCGGUUGGGGAUAGGUGGCGAAAUUAACUAACAUGUAACCACAUGUAAAUUUCAUUGUUUCUGUUUCUUUUCUCCUAGUUUUUCCUCCAUUGGCUUACACAAUAUUCACUUUCAUUUUGUACUCAAAAUUUGAUGAGUUUCAUCGAUUGUUGUUUUAUUUUUCUAUUAAGUAGCACUUGUAACGCCAAAAGUGACCGAAUAGUAAUAAAAUAUUCUCUAAUGACACUAUCAUUAUCACUACUAUAAAUACAUCAAUAUUUCCAUGUGGUUG